AUCUAUGAAAAUCGCGUAGUCUGCUAUUAAGGGUGGAAGGGAAGGGAAGCGUCGACGCGGCUCUUUACCCUUUUUUCCCUUUUUUUCAAUCCCUGCCAAGGCGCGUGAAGCCUCGACCCACCAUGAAGGAAGGCAAGGUCAACCACCCUUCGCACCAUGCGUACGAAUUCCCAAGUGACGAGGAGGACCGACUGGGAAACCUUUUUAAGCAGUUAGAUGUCAAUGGUGAUGGGAGGAUUGACGUGCACGACCUGUCAGAGGGGCUCAAAAAGCUCAAUAUUCCGCAGGUUCCUGGCUAUGCUGAGCUACUGAUUCAACGAGCAGACGUCAAUGAAAGCAAUGACUUAACCCUCGCGGAGUUUGUCAACUAUGUUCAAGAACACGAGAAGCGACUGUUACUCGUCUUCCAUACCCUUGAUGCUAAUAGUGAUGGUAAGGUGAUUUUCAACUUUGGUCCAUAGAUGUUGUAUCUGACAAGCAUGUUUUUAACCAGUGCAAAGAAUGUCCCUUAAUUUCCAAUACCAGCAGGUAAGCUAUUUUUUUCAUAUGCUGGACUUCUGAUAGAGGAUGAGGUAGAGUAAGGAAUACCGUGGACUGCAAUUUCAGAACUAUAAACAUGGUGUUUGCUAAAGGUAGUGAUGGUAAAAGGCAGGAAAUGCGGUAGCUCCAAUGGUUAUAAAUACUACGAGUAUCAAGAAAGACUAUGUUUGAGACCUUGUGAAAAGUUUAUUUGAAAUUAGUAAAUAUUUUUCAUCAUCAGAAGGGGACUAGUUACAAGUUGGAGGAAAAUAGUUCAAAGUUUAGAAUGAUUCUGUUAUUUUCAUUAUGUACAACAUGCUAAUAUACUUUCUUUAUAGAUUUCCAGAUAAACUCUCCUAUUAUGACAUUUAAAUCUUAUUUGAUAAUAAUGACUCAUAAUAACUCGGAUGAAAAUUAUUUGAAUAUA